GUCUAAGCAACCAGUCUCGCAGACGUCUCUUUGAAACAGCCUUUAAAUGUUCGAGUACAUUCGUUGAAAUAUGGAAGAAGCUCAGCAGAAUCAAAACGCAAACCAACAAGACAGUGCCCAUCGGGUUACAGAUAUCCAAGAAAAUAAAUGCAGCAGUCCUAGGACAGGUAAAGGCGAGAAGGAGAAUGAAAAGAAGAAGAAACCAAGAAAGAGGAAAAGAUCUGCAAAACAGAUAGAGAGAUGGAAAAGAUAUAGAGAAAAUAAAUAUAGAAAUUAUAUGCACGAUGCUGUCAAUGGCCAUGCUGACCCAGCUAAAUGUGCAUCAUAUGCAAUGCCAUAUAUUUAUCCAUUAAUAUGGCCUGUAAUUAGGCCAGCUGACUUACCGAUUUCUCGUGGCGUCUCAUACGCAGACAAUCGCUAUGAAAGGCAUGUCCCAGAUACGCAAGCUUCAGGAGUUUCGCAACACUCGAAGUCAGUUUUGUCAGUCAAUUACCCUGAGCAACAAUAUACGUCUGUUCGUGUAGGGGUCUCGGAUACCCCGAAAGAAGAUUUAAUCCCGAAAGCUUCUACUGUAACAACAACAACCCCGGACAUUGUUUCCAGUUUGAGAGCAGACGCGGAAGUUUUUGUUCCUGGCAUGGCUGCAACAUGCCUUGAACAACUUGUUCCCAACACCAAUACCCCUGCUAUGGAACAACUUGUUCCCAACACCAACACCCCUGCUACAGAACAACUUGUUCCCAACACCAACACGUCUGCUAUGGAACGAGUUGGUCAUCCAGGAGAUGCAGAGCCGCAGAAGAUAGACCCUCAACCAAAAACCGACGCGGACGUGUUCCCUCUGGAGAAGCAGGACCGCUAGAUGAAAUACCUAAGGUGUUUGAAACACCAGCCGAAGUAUGUGAGACCCCACUGCCUUUACCAGAAACACGUCUACGUAAUACUGAUGUUCCUGCUAAACUCAAAACCGAUCACGGCAUUCACGAUGAAGACAUGUUCGGAAUCCUGUCGGUCUAUGCUGACAGCGGUCUUCACAACGAGUUUGAUAAGGUAAGUUUUUUUGUGAGUUACAAGGCAGGGUUAUACAUUAAGGAGAGGACAACCGUAAGCUGACAUAGCUUUCCGGCCAAUUCCUAACUAUUGUUCUGUAAAUAUUUCAUGUAUUUCUGAAAUAAAAUAUGUUUAAAUUAAAUAUUACUGCUAUCUGGUUCGUUGAAUCGAUGAAAAGCUACUCUUAGGCGAAACCAAUUAACAGAUACCGGAAUUAUACAUCAAUAUUAUAUUUAUAUUACAGUUCCGAGAAAGAUAUGAUCAAAAUUCUUUUGUAAAACUCUUUGUUUCAAGUUUUCCCAACCCUUGAAAUUGACAUUCUUGUUUCGUAUCAGACUUGGUCGUGAACUGAUUUUACUAUUUAAUGAAUAUACUACUUCAUGCAUAUACAUAUAUAAUACAUUAUUUUAUCGAAUAAAAAAGGGUACAACUUUAUGGUUAUCAAGGUCAAGUUGAACUUGUCAUAGCGGUCACAUGUACAAAGCAGUUACUUGCUUCAAGCAGUCAGCUAACUUCCCAGAUUGACUUUCUAUAGCCUUACGCAGACGUUUACAUGCCUUGCGCAACCACAUUGUGUCGCUUCCUACACAGGUUAUAUUGAUCAGCAUUAAAUGAGUUUUAAUUGAGCGUCUUUUCUCCCUUUAAUUAUUGUUGAUAUUAACUGAAAAAAAAAAAAAGAUUUUUAGUAAAACAGUAAAAGAUUUCAUACUCCGCAAUUUGACAUUUUAGGGAUAUCAGUAUGAACAAUUUCAAAAAAAAAUGUUAAAAGAUAUAUUCAAGAUUCAAGUUGUUACUCAUACCACCCUUGGAUACCUUAAUUUAUAUUUGGUUUUAAAACAAAAAGGAACUUUUCGGAUAAUCAUUUGAUGAAGAUGGUAGGAGAGACGAAUAAUAUUAUUCUAGGACUUUUUCAACAAGCUCUUGAUAUCGCAAACUCGCGUGUGUGUAUUUUUUCUCAAGUUUUGUUUUGUUUUAUAUUCUGAUUACAGAUGCUGUGCAG